GGAGACAAGAGCGAACGAACUUUUCUACAGGUGAAUACAAAUUGAUGGUACAAUUUGCGUGGAUUCUUAGGUUAACGCUUUAUUGCUGGGAAUUAAAAGAGUCUUCGGUGUCCUCUCGGCUAAAAGCGAUAUGGCUGUUUUUCUGGUUUUUUUGCUCUUGCAAAUGGGAUUUGCUGUUGGAUCAAAUUAUGGAUACGUGGAGUGGUCAGACCAGGAUAAAGACUUGGACAUCAAGGGACAGCAACCUCUUCCUAACCCACAUGUGAACAGAGAACAGCAACACAGUCCGACUUAUUUCACGAAGCCCACGACUGAGCGCACGGUCGUGGCACACAGAAUCGAGGAGGACCUACCCAGGGUAGUUACGGCGUUUCUUCACACGGGAGAUUCGUCUACGUUAAAACAUGUCAACUGCUCCAGGAGAUACGAACUGAGCAGUCUUAAAGGCAGAUCAUACAUUACCUCCCAUUAUUCCCUACACAGUGUGCUUGACACGGUGGCGCACGCAACCAACUUCCUAAACAUGAUUUUACAAGCCAACAGUUCGAGGGAGCACAGCCUCGGACGAGACAUACUGUGGUACCACGCGUUAGUUCGGAGUAUUUUAGAGGGGGACCCUAAAAUCCAUCGGGCUGUGGUCACGUUCAAUACCGAGUCGGCAACUCCCGGUCCCCACAUUUUCCUCCAAGCAACAAGAACGGACAGCGAAAUAGUUCUCCAAGAUCUGUCAAGCACGGCCCACCAUCGCUUGAAGAACAAGACGGCAGAAUCGGAGUGGUUCAACGAGUUUAGGGACAAAAAGCACCCCCACGUGCAAAAAAGAGUGCUGAGCCAAGAAGCCAAAGCCAGUGACGCCCCGCUCAGAAGAGAGGACCGUUAUGUCCUUGAUAAAACUCAGAUUAAGUGGUCCGCACCCUACCUUGAGUGCGAAAAUGGUAAUUUCAUCCCACACUGGCUGCUUACUUUGUCGGCUGGAUUCUACAGUCUAAAGCCAAAUUUGGCCCCUGAGUUCAGAGGGGUUGUUCGAGUGGAUGUCAACCUCCAGGACGUAGAUAUUGACCAGUGCUCCAGUAAUGGAUGGUUUGCAGGGACACACAGGUGCAACUUAACCAGCAUGGAGUGCAAGCCCAUUCUAGGCCACGGAUUUGUACUGGAUAAAUACAAGUGUCAGUGCAAGAAAGGAUUCUACCAUCCCAGCAGAGUGUCUGUCAAUGGAUUCAAAAGGACAGAGAAGAAUUCGGCUGUGUCGGGGGGCUCCCACAGGGAGGGGACGUGGGAGGGGCCCAGUAAGUGCCUCCCCUGCAGGGAGGGGUGUGCCUACUGCAGGGAUGACACGCCCUGCCACGCCCAGGAGGACGGCUCGCUCCGCAUGGCUGUCAUCGCCUUCCAGGGGCUGUGCAUGAUGGGAGAUUUCAUCAGCAUGGUGGUCGCCUACCACUUCCGCCGGAACAAGAGAAUCAGAGCUUCGGGUCUAAUUCUACUCGAAGCCAUUAUGAUUGGAGCCCUGCUGCUCUACUUUCCGGUGGUGAUAUUGUACUUCCCUCCCAGUGUUUUCCGGUGCAUUCUCCUGCGGUGGGUGCGGCUCCUGGGUUUCGCCAUCGUCUACGGGACGGUCGUUCUUAAGCUCUACAGGGUUCUGAAGGUGUUCCUGUCGCGCACGGCCCAGAGGAUCCCCUACAUGACCAGCUGCCGGGUCCUGCGCCUGCUGACCAUCAUCCUGCUCAUUGUCUGCUGGUUCCUGGUGGCCUGGACCUCGGCCGCGUGCCAGAACCUGGACAGGGACCUGUCCCUGAUCGACGUGGGCGUCACUCCCGAGGGCCUCCAGUUCAGCAUGUGUCUGCUGGAUCGCUGGGACUACAUGAUGGCCGUCGCCGAGUUCCUCUUCCUCCUGUGGGGGGUGUAUCUCUGCUACGCUGUGCGGACGGUGCCUUCGGCAUUCCACGAGCCACGCUACAUGGCCGUCGCCAUCUAUAACGAGCUCGUCAUCACCGCCAUAUUCCAAGUCAUUAGGUUCACGCUGGCACCAGCGCUGCAUCCUGAUUGGAUGCUCAUGCUGCUCUUUGCUCACACUCACCUGACAGUGACUGUUACCCUCGGGCUCCUGCUCAUUCCUAAGUUCCUGUUUGGAGGGACUCACACAAGGGACGACAUCGCCACCGAAGCCUAUGAGGAUGAACUGGACAUGGGCCGGUCCGGGUCGUAUCUCAACAGCAGCAUAACGUCAGCCUGGAGUGAGCACAGUCUGGACCCAGAAGACAUCCGGGAGGAGCUGAAGAAGCUGUAUGCGCAGCUGGAGAUCUACAAGCGGAAGAAGAUGCUGGCGAACAACCCCCACCUGCAGAAGAAGCGCAGCUCCAAGAAAGGCCUAGGCCGCUCGCUGAUGCGCCGCAUCACCGAGAUCCCCGAGACGGUGAGCCGGCAGUGCAGCCGGGAGGACAAGGACGCGGGCGAGCACGGCGGCACCCGCGCCAGCCUCUGCGCCCUCAAGAGGAACCACCUCGACCCCUCGCACGGCUCCAAGACCAAGGAGGACUCGAUGAAGAACAAGGUGUUCUCCCUCCAGAAGUCCCACAGCAGCUACGACCACGUGCGGGACCAGGGCGAGGACUGCAACGGCCUGGCCAGCGACAAGAUGGAGGUGUCCACCACCGAGAACUCCCUGCUGGAUGCGCUCAUAGGGAAGAAGCUGGCAAAGGAGGAGGUGGGUGAGGAGAAGGCGGAGGGAGAGUCCACGGAGUCCGUGCCUCUCGUGUGCAAAUCUGCCAGUGCGCACAACCUCACCGUUGACAAGAAGCCCAUCCACCUGAGGACUUCCAUGCUGCAGAAGUCCCUGAGCGUCAUCGCUAGCGCCAAGGAGAAAACCCUGGGGCUCACAGGGAAGAUCCACGGUGUGGAGGAUGGCGGCAAGAAGGGCCACCACAGGGGCAAAGACAGCAAGGCCCGCUCUGAAGUCAGUGAAAAGCCAGAGUGCUACCCCAAGAUGAUCAUCAGCCAAUCCGUGGAGUACAAGCAGACCGCCAGCAAGACCGGUAUCAUGAAACACCAAGUCAGCGGCAGCCAGCCAUCCAUCUGCUCUGAGCCUGGGAGGAACAAGGACCUCUAUGACCUGUCUGAGGUGUGUCCUUGGGAGGUGGAGGAUCUGCCAACUCCGUCAGAGGGCAAGGUCCAGAAGCACGUGUCCAUUGCGCCGGGGGAGACAACCGUGGUGCAUGGAAGCGCCAUAAAGGGGAAGUCGCAACAAAAGCAGAGAGGUAUGGAGCAGUCCCCUUCGAAUAGCAGGCGUUCAAACCAGAGGCCAGUGGAAAGGCUGGCCAUAUGCCCAUGGGAGGAGGAGGAUGAGUCAGAAGGGAUGAAGCCCCAAUCGCCCCGUAACCACGGUGAGAAAACGCAUCAGAAAGGAGAGAUGCGCCUGUGGGACACGGAGGAGCCUCUGUCCAAAGUGCCCGAGAUGGGUCUGUCCCCUGACAGGACCCGGAGGAAGAAGAGCGUGACCCCGACGGAGGGGAAAGAGAAGGUCCUCCACUCGGACCACUCCAAAUCCACCGGCAGCCUGCUGCAGCCACCCACCAUGAGGGUGGACAUCUGCCCCUGGGAUUACGACGGCCCGCCCUCGCCGAACUCUGACAAGGCGUCCGGCGCUGCCUACGGCUCGGCGUCGCGCCGCGACUCUCACUCCAAGAGGAAGGGGAGCUCUUCUGGAAGGACGUCAGAGAGAGAGAAGGAGAAGGCGAAGGACAAAGACGACGGGAGACGCAGAUCCAAGAGCAAGGAGAAAGGCUCCUCCAGCAAGUCCACGGAGAAACGCCGCACCAGCCAAUCCAAAGCUGCGGAGGGCUGUCCCUGUGAUGGCGGGAGCAGUCUAGGCGACUCAAAAUCUGGCAGGCGGAAAAGCUCCACAAGCGAACCAGGGUCAGCCAAAAGCAAGCAGGCCGAUAUCUGCCCCUGGGAUUUUGAGGGUGUAGCUGAUAGUAAAGAACUGGACAAAAUUACUUCCCCGGCUAAACAAAAUGCUCUGAAUUCAAAAACAGGGGUAGUUGGUAACGCCAACAUGGCUGACGUUUGCCCAUGGGACUUUGAUGACAAAACGUCAGGGAAAAACGCAUGACGUUUCACUUGACAGACCUUUUGGAAUUUUAAGUUCUCAUUGUACAUUUUACGGUACA